GAUUGUCCUAGGGCAUUUAAACACAUGUUGUUUCAGGAGUUAGUGACCUUCGAGGAUGUGGCUGUCUACUUCUCUGAGAACGAGUGGACCAGCCUGGCUCCCGCUCAGAGGGUCCUGUACAGGGAUGUGAUGCUGGAGAAUUAUGGGGCUGUGGCUUCCCUGGCAGCAGUUCCAUUUCCUAAACCGGCUCUGAUUUCCCAGCUGGAACGAGGGGAAGCACCCUGGUGCAAAGCUCCUCAGGGAGCUCUGGAUGGAGAGGGCCCGAGGGGCAUCUCCUCAGGAUGUCCAUUUCUAAAGCCUGCUGAGAUCUCCCAUCUUGAGCAGGUGGAAGAGCCAUUGAACCUGAAAUCGCAAGGAGAGGGUCCAAGCCUAAUCUGUACUGAGGGUGUGUUGAAAAGUGAGAAAGAAGAUUGUGCUCUGAAGGAGGAACAUUUUGAGGAGGCAAAGGACCACAUGGUGGUAUCAUGCAGACCUCGGUGGUAUGGUUCUCAGAAAUUCUGGUUUGGAAAAACCUGUGAGGAGUUAAAAAGCAGGUUAGGGAGAUGGUAUGACUACUCAAAUGAGAGAAAUGUGGAGAACACCGCAAAUGAUAUUAUAGAAGUGAUAGUCAAAGAUGAGAUGGUGUCAGGAGAAGUUAGUUCGGAGAACACUGAUGUGAAUACCCACCUUGUUAUCUGUCAGAAAAUUCUCAGUCAGCAGGUGUUCUAUAUAUGUGAAGAAUGUGGCAAGUGUUUUGAUCAAAAUGAAGACUUUGACCAACAUCAGAGAAUUCAUAAUGGAGAGAAGGUCUAUGGAUGUAAGGAAUGUGGGAAGACAUUCAGUUUUAGAUCACAUUGCAUUGCACAUCAGAGAAUUCACACCGGGGUGAAACCCUACGUGUGUCAACAAUGUGCUAAAGCCUUUGUUUGGAAAUCAAACCUGAUUCGGCACCAGAGAAUACAUACUGGAGAGAAACCCUUUGAAUGUAAGGAAUGUGGGAAGGGCUUUAGUCAGAACACUAGCCUUACACAACAUCAGCGAAUCCAUACUGGGGAGAAACCAUAUACAUGUAAGGAAUGUGGGAAAAGCUUUACUCGGAACCCAGCCCUACUUCGACAUCAGAGAAUCCACACUGGGGAGAAGCCUUAUGAAUGCAAGGACUGUGGGAAAGGCUUCAUGUGGAACUCCGAUCUUGCUCAGCACCAGAGAGUCCACACGGGGGAGAAGCCCCAUGAAUGUACAGACUGUGGGAAAAGCUUUAUCUGCAAGGCACACCUUAUCCGACAUCAGAGAAUCCAUACUGGGGAAAGACCCUAUAAAUGUAAUGACUGUGGGAAGGCCUUCAGUCAGAAUUCCGUUCUGAUUAAGCACCAGAGGCGCCAUGCUAGAGAGAAGCCCUGCAAUUGUCUCACCUCUCACUUUCUUGAACAUUAGCAAACACAUAAUAACGGUACUUGUUUGUAAUUCUUAUGCACCAGGAACUCCGGAGACAAAACGAGGUGGUUGUCCACAGUUUGUUUUAACUCUAGUCACCAGUAUUAUCUUGCCCCUUCUGAACAGAUUCCCCUUGAUCUAGCAAGACUGGUCAUCCUGUUCUACCACGUUCAUGCUAGGCAAAUUUUAGUUGAGUGUCUGCUCUGUCAGAUACUAUGCUAACCACUUUACCUACAAUCUUCAGUUUCUCUUAAUCCUGUUCAGGUGGGUACUCCUCAUUUUACAAAUGAGAAGUCUGGGGUUGAAAGAAGUUAUAAAACUCAUUCAAGGUCACUUAGCUAAUG